GAUGUGAGGAGGAAGCACAUUCGCCUGCACAUGGAGGGCACGCUGACCGCCCGGGACAAGGUCGGCGUGCAGGAUUUUGUGCUGUUGGAUGCCCACACCAGCGAAUCUGCUUUUCUGGACAAUCUUCGCAAGCGUUUCAGCAAGAACCUCAUCUAUACAUAUAUUGGGACCCUCCUUGUGUCUGUGAAUCCAUAUCAGGAGCUUGGAAUCUACACUGUGAGCCAGAUGGAACUUUAUCAAGGGGUCAAUUUCUUUGAACUGCCACCACAUAUCUACGCCAUUGCUGACAACGCUUACCGCAUGAUGUGCUCUGAGCUAAACAACCAUCUCAUCCUCAUUUCUGGAGAGAGCGGGGCAGGGAAAACGGAGGCCUCCAAGAAGAUUCUCCAGUAUUUUGCAAUGACCUGCCCAAUGACCAAGUCACUACAGAUAGCCCGUGACAGACUGCUGCUCUCCAAUCCAGUGCUGGAGGCUUUUGGAAAUGCCAAAACACUCCGGAAUGACAACUCCAGCAGAUUUGGAAAAUACAUGGACAUACAGUUUGACUUUAAGGGCAUUCCUGUAGGUGGGCAUAUCAUCAGUUAUCUGAUAGAAAAGUCGAGAGUCGUCUAUCAGAACCAGGGCGAGAGGAAUUUCCACAUCUUCUACCAGCUGCUAGAGGGGGGUGAAGAGGAGCUCCUUGCUUACCUGGGUCUUGAACGAGACCCUCAGCUGUAUAAAUACCUCUCACAGGGUCAUUGUGCCGAAGAGUCAUCUAUUAACGACAAGAAUGACUGGAAAACUGUUUCCAAUGCCUUUUCUGUCAUCGAUUUUACUGAAGAUGACCUCGAGAAUCUCUUUGGAAUUAUUGCCAGUGUCCUACACCUGGGGAACAUUUGUUUUGAAGAGAACCACCACGGCUGUGCCGCCAUACCACACACCCAUGAGAUCAAAUGGAUCGCCAAGCUUCUGGGGGUCCACUCAUCGAUCCUUCUGGAAGCUCUCACCCAUAGAAAGAUCGAAGCCAAAACUGAGGAGGUGAUAUGCCCCUUGACACUAGAACUCUCUGUCUACGCUAGAGAUGCAAUGGCCAAGGCUGUUUACGGACGGACAUUUACUUGGCUGGUCAACAAAAUCAAUUCCUCCUUAGCGAACAAGGAUUUCACCAAGAAAACUGUGAUCGGAUUGCUGGAUAUCUAUGGCUUCGAAGUCUUCGACAAGAAUGGUUUUGAACAGUUCUGUAUAAACUACUGCAAUGAGAAACUCCAGCAACUGUUAAUUGAGAGAACCCUAAAAGCGGAACAGGCAGAAUAUGAAAUGGAAGGUAUAGAGUGGGAGCCGAUUCAGUAUUUCAACAACAAGAUCAUCUGUGAUUUGGUAGAAGAGAGACACAAAGGGAUCAUUUCCAUUCUGAAUGAAGAGUGCAUUCGUCCGGGCCCUGCUACAGACUUGAGUUUCCUGGAGAAAUUGGAAGAGAAAGUGGGCAAGCACGCGCACUUCCAGACCCGGAAGCUGGCAGGUCCAAAGGGCCGAAAGAGGAUUGGCUGGAUGGAGUUCCUACUCCUCCACUACGCAGGAGAGGUCACGUACUGCACCAAAGGAUUCUUGGAAAAAAACAAUGAUCUCCUCUACAGACAUCUGAAAGAGGUGCUGUGCAGGUCCAAAAACAGCAUCCUGAAGGAAUGCUUCCUUGUGGCCGAGUUAGAAAACUGGAGGAGGCCACCAACGGUGGGGACUCAAUUUAAAAACAGCCUGAGCAGCCUUCUGGAAAUUCUCAUCUCCAAGGAACCUUCAUACAUCCGUUGCAUCAAGCCCAAUGAGAGGAAAGAACCCAGCAAGUUCGACGACUUCCUCAUAAGACACCAGGUCAAGUACCUGGGGCUGAUGGAGCACCUGCGGGUGAGACGGGCUGGCUUUGCAUACCGGCGGAAGUACGAGCAUUUCCUGCAGAGGUACAAGUCUUUGUGCCCAGACACCUGGCCACACUGGCAGGGGCCUCCAGAAGAGGGCGUCGAGCGGCUGAUCAAGUACAUCGGCUACAAACCCGAGGAGUACAAGUUAGGGAGAACUAAAAUAUUCAUUCGUUUCCCCAGAACUCUGUUUGCUACUGAAGAUGCCUUUGAAUUUAGUAAACAUCAAUUAGUUGCGAGAAUCCAAGCCAUAUACAAAGGCUGCCUAGAAAGGAGAGCAUUCGUGAAAAGAAAGCAAGCAGCCAUCAAACUUGAAGCCUACUGGCGGGGAGCCCUGGCUCGGAAGGAGGCCAAAAGGAGAAAGUGGGCUGUGCAGAUUAUCAGAAAGUUCAUAGGGGGAUUCAUCCAUCGCAACGAGCCCGUUUGUGCUGACAACAAGGAGUUUAUUGUGUUCGUGCGAAAGAAUUACAUCUUGAAUCUUCGGUAUCACGUCCCAAAGAACGUCUUGGACAAGAGCUGGCUGACGCCUCCCGGCAUCUUGGAAAAUGCAUCGGAUCUGCUCAGGAAAAUGUGCACGAGGAACCUGGUCCGGAAGUACUGCCGCGGGAUCACAGCCGAGAGGAGGGCACUGAUGCAGCAAAAGGUGGUCACAAGUGAAAUAUUCAGGGGAAAGAAAGAAGGCUAUGCAGAAAGUUUAAAUCAACCCUUUGCCAACAGUCGGAUAGAUGAAGGAGACAUUAAUCCCAAGGUGCUUCAACUCCUCAGCAAUGAGAAAAUCCAGUAUGGUAUCCCGGUCAUUAAAUACGACAGGAAAGGGUUCAAGGCGCGGCAGCGGCAACUCCUUCUUACUCAGAAAGCAGCUUACGUGGUAGAACAUGCCAAAAUCAAGCAGAAAAUUGAGUACUCAACACUCAAAGGUGUCUCUACUAGCAAUCUGAGCGACAGAAUCUUAGUCAUGCAUGUUUCGCCAGAGGACAACAAGCAAAAGGGGGAUGCCAUCUUACAGUGUGAACACGUAUUUGAAGCGGUUACUAAACUCGCCAUGCUGGUUAAGGAGGACGUUGUAAAUGUUGUUCAAGGAAGUUUACAGUUUUAUAUUAGUCCUGGAAAAGAAGGCACAAUAGUUUUCAACACUGGAGCAGAACAAAAAAUCUAUAAAGACAAAAAUGGACAGCUAACAGUGGUGUCGGUCCGCAAGAAGUCCUGA